AUGGCCUCUUCAAAUGUUGGGUCACCGACUUACAUGGGCCUUAAGGGCCAAAAUCUCGUCUACGCUGUGACAGCUUGCUGCUCAUUCGGGUUCCUUCUGUUUGGCUACGAUCUAGGUUUUAUGGGAGGACUGACGACCUCCCCCGAAUUCCUAGCGGUAUUCGGCAACCCUAGCGCAUCGCUGCUUGCUUUCCUAGUCGCCUCUUACGAAGUCGGGGCCCUCUUGGGGGCGCUGUUCCAGUUCCUCCAAGGAGACCGAUUCGGACGAAAACCGAACAACAUGGCGGGCGCAGUAAUUGUUUCCAUUGGUGCCAUUCUGCAAUCGACUUCAUCCGGACUUGCGCAAUUUUUAGUCGGGCGCAUUGUGGCCGGGUUUGGGCUGGGCAUGAUGACAACCGUCAUCCCCAUUUGGCAGCUUCAGGACCGAGCGAGGAUGAGAACUAUUACGAAAGACGGGCUCGCAGAGGACAAGGCUGAACAGGUUGAACUAGAGAAGGUUUGA